CUAAAAUUCAACUCACUAAUGGUCCAAUUGAUAAGAUAAAUAUAGAGAAUAAUUUAAAUGAAAUCAGAGCUCAACAAAAGAGACAAAAGUUAAAUGUUUUACAAGAAAAUAUUCAACAACAUUAUGGUCAAAAUUAUGCAAAUUCAUUAUAUUCCAAUUUAUUUCAAAACUAA